AUGCUUCCAAAUCAAAGUUUCUUACAAACAACGUCAGCUCCUCACUAUACAUUACCUGGAGUAAUGCAUUAUUUACAAACUGAAUUCACUAAGAAUGAACGUGAUAGAAUUACAUGGGAACUAGAGAGAUCUGAAAUGAAAGCAAAGAUUUCUCAAUUAGAAGGUGAGAAUAGAGAUCUAAGAUAUAAAUUAGCCAAAUUAGAAUUGAAGAAAGAGUCUAAAAAAUCUAAUUGUGAGUCUGACUUACAGGAAACUGGUAAGGAACAAGAUGAGGCAUCAUUAUCAUCUUUGAUUAAAUCAAGAACUGUCAUACAAGAAAACGUAAAGGAAAUUGUUUACCUUUUGAAAAAUGCUGAUGUUAGUAAUCAAUUGAAUCUAUUAAACGCAAAGAAUGAUAAUAUGGUACAUAAUAUGGAAAACUUGAAUUUGAAUUUGAAUUCACAACCUAACGUUACUAUUGAUCCGAAUCAUAAUAUUAUAGAACCAAAUAAUGAUAAUGCGAAUAUGUUAAAUACUAGUCAAAUGUUUAAUUUGGGACAUGAUCAAAAUUCAUCAAAUUUACAGCAGAACACCGCGCCUAUGGAGGAUAUUGGUAAUAUUGAUGAGGGUGGAGAGCAGUCAGAAACAGAAACUAUUGUAUUAGAUGAUGAUUCUCACCCAGUAUCUUCAUCUUCAUCGUCAUUAUUUAAAGAACCAAAUUUCAAUAAGAAAAUGAUAAAUAAUACAGUGGAAAGUUUUACUAGAAACGACGAGGAUGAUAUAAAUAGCACUACUGAACGAAGUGAUUGUGAUGACAUCAAUUCUAAAAGAAUUAUUUGGUCUUCUUCUCCAAUUAAAAACCUUAAUGUUUUGAAGAAUAAUAUUUUGACUUCAUCAAAUGAUAAUUCACUAAAAUAUGGAAAAAUAAUUAAUGAAAAUCUCGAUUGCAAGUCUAUGAAUGUCAUCAAUGAAAAUGGAAAAGAAAAUUACAUCAAAAUAUUUUUAAUAGAUAGUUCUAUCUUCCUAACAAUUACCAACGUCGGAGUUCAAUUGCACAACAUAAAUGAGCAGAAAAUUCUUUCAUCUUUGAAUAUAUUCGAACAAGAAUCAAUUGAUAAUAUUGAAAGUAUUGAUUUUAAGAAUAAUAGAUUAUUAAUCGGCACAAAUAAUAGAGUAUACAUUUGGGAAUUAAAGAUUUCCACAAAAGAAUAUAAUUUGGAAAUAAUAAAUUCUUAUGUUAUACAAAUUGAUACAUCCAAAUCAAUACUCAGUGCCAUCUUAGGAAUGACAGAAAAAUCAUUGAUUAUAUUAACUUCUUCUCCAUAUGAAAUGAUAAUAUAUAGCUUUCAAGGGAAAUUAUUACAAUCAAUAAAAUUAAGUGAGAAUGGUUCUUUAACGAGGAGAAGUGAAUCGUCGGCAUCAAAUACAACCAAUGGAAAGUUAUAUCUGAAUAAAGAAACUUCUAAGAUAAUAAUUCAGUUAAAUAAACACCUUUCCACAUAUUCAUUCGAUCAUAAGAAAGUUAUAAUGCAAGAACAUUUAGAAUUCGAGCCUAUAGAUAUGAUAUUCCAGAAUUCGAAAGAUAUAAUAUGCUUCGCAUUUGCCAAUGGGUCCAUUGAGGUACGAAAAUUAAAUACAUUCCAAAAUAUUAUAAAGCAAUACAAUCAUUAUGAUGAAACUAUUGGCGAAACAGGGGAUACUGAUGGUCUUGUGAUUCAAUUAUUAUGGCAAGGUCAAAAUAAAAGUCACAAUCAAGAUCAAAAUCAAAUACCGGUAAUAGUCUCAGGAGGAGAGGAUGGUAUCUUAAGAUUAGAAAGAAUAGAUGAUUAUAUAUAA